AUGGCUUUCAAUCAAACCCUCGGCGUUGAUGCCAAAUUCGCCGUCUCCGUUCACAAUGCCGAGAAGCAAACGAGCGUAGAAGAGACGGAUUUCGACUACUCCAAGCGUUCCCAGUGGCUACGAGCCGCAGUUCUAGGAGCCAACGACGGCUUGCUGUCGACGGCUUCGCUCAUGAUGGGGGUCGGAGCCGUGAAGCAAGACGUCAGGGCCAUGAUCCUCACCGGCUUCGCUGGCUUGGUGGCCGGCGCUUGCAGCAUGGCCAUCGGCGAGUUUGUGUCCGUUUACUCGCAGCUGGACAUAGAUGUGGCUCAAAUGAAGCGAGACAAGAGACGGGUAGGCGACGAAAGUCACGAGAAAUUAGAUGAGGAGAAGAAGGAGAGUUUGUCUAGCCCGGUGAGGGCGGCGGCGGCCUCAGGCCUGGCUUUUUCCUGCGGAGCAAUAGUGCCGCUGCUGGCGGCGGCGUUCAUAAAGGAGUAUAAAGUGAGACUGGGGGUGGUGGUGGCGGUGGUGACCUUGGCACUGGUCGCGUUUGGGUGGUUGGGGGCGGCUCUAGGGAGGGCGCCGGCGGCUAGGUCGGCGGUUAGGGUUUUAGUUGGAGGGUGGCUGGCCAUGGCCAUAACCUUUGGGUUGAUCAAGCUUAUUGGUUCAAGUGGGCUCUAA